AUGGUAGAAUUUAACUGUACUUAUAGGAAAGCCUUAAAAGUAUAUGUACCGCCCUCAGCUUCAUUGCUUGGAAAAGAUAGCUUUCGACAACAGUCUGACAACCCUCCUACCAACAUGAUCUCACAAACGAAGAGUAGAUUCCAAGAACGUGAUACCUCCACAUUUGCAGAGAUAGUUAAAACCGACAUCUCAUUGCAUAAAGAGGAUGUAAAUGAGGUUAAAACACUUCUGCCAAUACUUCAAUGA